CAUCUUUUUCUUAUCCCAGAGAAGUAUACUAGAGAGGAACUUCUUCCAAAGCCUCUCAACAUAAGCCUGUACCCUAUGUCUGUUGUUCCAGCCUUCGGGGGAACAAGACAAAUCCCCAUGAAAAAUGACGACCGUGUGCUAAAAGCACAAAAUUUUAUUGUUGGUGGCAAGAAUGCAGUUAUAAAUGACUUGCCAUACCAGGUUUCCAUUCUGGUAGCCUCUGAUGGAAAGUUUUUCCUAGCAUGUGGGGGUUCUCUUGUGAAAAAGAAUAAGAUCGUGACUGCUGCCCAUUGCGUGGUAUCUGAGUAAGCUGUCUUCAACUCU